AUGACCGGACGAAAAGCAAACACAACAACCACACCUGCAGCACCCACAAAAGCUGCAGCUAAAACCGGAACAACAACUGGCCGAGUCAUUAAAAAAGAUAAAAGCAAAAAUGUUAUGCGUGAAUUACGUAUCCGUAAAUUAUGUUUAAAUAUUUGCGUCGGUGAAUCUGGUGAUCGUUUGACUCGUGCAUCAAAAGUACUUGAACAAUUAACUGGUCAAACACCAGUUUUUUCCAAAGCACGUUAUACCGUUCGAUCAUUUGGCAUUCGUCGUAAUGAAAAAAUCGGUGUUUUCUGUACCGUCCGUGGUGAAAAAGCAAAAGAAAUCUUAGAAAAAGGUCUCAAAGUAAAAGAAUACGAAUUACACAAAGGCAACUUUAGUGCGAUGGGCAACUUUGGAUUUGGUAUCCAAGAACAUAUCGAUUUAGGUAUCAAAUACGAUCCAUCAAUUGGUAUCUAUGGUAUGGAUUUUUAUGUUGUGCUCGGUCGAGCUGGUUUUGAUAUUGGUAAACGUAAACAUAAAAAAGCAAGUAUGGGUGCUUCACAUAAAAUAUCAAAAGAUGAAGCUAUUAAAUGGUUUCAACAAACAUACGAAGGUGUCAUUAUGCCAGGUGGUAAAGCUAAGAAAUCCAAAGGUGGUCAUCACAAAAAAGGCAAAAAGAAAUAA